UGCGACUGGAGACCUCGCCCUGAGCGGCCACAAUCGAGUGAUAUGCCUGACAGCUUCUUCCCAGGCCGCGAAACCGCUAGUGCUGCCGAGCUGACCUGAAGCGGUUCGGCUCGGAAGCGGUAUAGCGGUCCUUUUGCGUGCGCACAGCGGCUGCACUUCCGGGGCAGGCGAAAAUGGCGGACUUUGGGUGCUACGACGAGCUUCCUAGCGUUCCAAGCAACAUGGGCGACCAGGAAAGAAGACGGCCGCGCCGCGCAGCAGCUGCAGCGGCGGCCGAUGUGCUUAUUGCCACUGCUCUCGAAGAGGAGGACGAACUAUACCAGGAGACACCCCCCCGCGUACCUAAACGGCGUGGCGGGAAACAAAUUGCAGCUGGACCUGGCGGUGGCCGUGGCGAGCAUGCCUAUAAUUAUGCCGACAACGGGGCAGCAGGUGCAGGGGUGGGAGCUGCACGCAAGCGCAGGGUGGAGCAGGUGGACAACGGGGAGGAAGGUCCUAACCCCAUAGCCAUCCUCCCCCCAGCGCCAACAGCAGCUCCAGCAACCGGGGCGCUGCCCCUUCAAGGCGUGCUUCAACCUGCAGGUAUGACAGCUUACGCUUACGCGUACUAUAAUGCGAGCGCGCUUGCUGCAGCAGCAGGAUACCAAGGGGCAGCUUUAGGGAAUGGAAUGCAGUACGGAUUCCAAGGCUUGCAAGCCGUGCAAGCCAUGCAAAGCUUGCAGUACGCACAAGGGCUGCAAGGGUUACACGGGGGAGGCAACGGGAUUGUUUCUGCAGCGCUGCCUGCGCAAGAUGGCAGCGUGGCAGCGACCGGGCUGGUGCCGCCCGUCCCAUCAGCCGCUGCAGCGGCUGUUGCUGCGCCGCCUCGCAAGAGGGGGCGGGCAGCUGCAGGUGGUGGUGGGGCUACUGCGAACGUGCCCCUGGUGCCCGGCAACGGCAGCAAGUUCUUCCCCAAGGAGUCUCAGGAGGAGGUCUGCCGCUUUCUGCUGCUGCUGGUGGCAUCAGAGGCCAGACAGCGGGGUGAGGUUUCGGACGUCCCGGAGAUUACGCAGGUUGCUCGGGAACGAGUUCGGCAACUGCAGCCACAGCUACGAGAGCUGGUGCCACCGGGCGUGGGACUGGACUGGGGCGGACCUAUCAAGCGCCUAGAGCUGGCCUGCUAUCGGGCUGUCGAGGACCUGUGUGGAGACCUGCAGGACCCCCUUGACGCGGCCAUUGCAGCGCAGCUGUUGGCAAUAGGCAAGGGGACGUCCAGCAACGGCAACGGGCAGACGAGCAGAGCGGGCAGCAGCGGGGGGGCUAGCGAUGGCGGGUCGUCAGGGACAGGAGAAUCCUCUGGGCUCCUGGGCAACACCGCGUCCGCCUCCCUAGCUGCCUCGCGGCGAAACCGGCAGCUCAACGCCAUGAAGCAGACCUUCCUCGCAGAACUGCAAGAGGCAAUUGACGAGUUGGUGCGGUGCCGAGUCGACGCCAUGAAGCAGGCCGCGGCUAAGGAGUACAACGAGCACAUGGCAGGCAUCCUUGCCGGCCUCCCGCCCGAGCUCUGCGGCAUUCCCGAGAACGUGCCCGGGGCGCCGCUGCCGGCGGCAGUGCUGCAUAACCGGGAGCCUUACUUCUCGGUCCCCGAGUGGCGGAAGCAGCCGUUCCAACCGAGGUCGUACGAGACGUUGACAUCGUACGCAAUCCGCAGCGCAAUCCCCUCGGAGUGCGCUGUGCUGCGCGCCAAGCUGAAGACACGGCGUCCUGACGGCGCCGCGGAACACUUUACGCUGGAGCACGGCAAGGAGCUGGGAAUGGAGGAGUGCAAGCAGAAGGAGGCGCAGCUUGCUGCGGCGGUGCGAGGCCGCCGAGCGCUAGUCCUGGGGGAGCACGUGAAGGAGGUGGACUGCUGGGGUAUGGACUGCUACACCCGGCGGAACAUCUUUGAUGCUGUGCGGGAGAGCGGCGCCUUCAAGCACUGUCGUACUGGCGAAGCCGCCAGCAAAAGCCAGGGCGCCGGCACAACCGGCACCGGUAACUGUAGCACGGACCCAGAUGACCCGGAGACCGCUGACACAGCUGCAGGGAGGAUGGCGGGACCCACGGGUCUGUCUGGAGGCUCUGCUGCGGACCCCCUGCGCGUGAAGGCAGAGAGGCAGGGCUCUGGGAGAGAGCCGUCUCCACCUGGUGCGGGCCCGGCUGUUCGUAUAAAGGAGGAGAUGGGGAUAAAGCUGGAACCCGAGGUGAAGCAGGAAGCGCAGCCUGUGCAUGGGCAAGGUGGCGACAUGACGCGAGAUGACGCGGCGAUAGCGGCGGCGCUCGCAGCGGCGGAGGCGGAGGCUGGCGGCCGGACAGGGUCACGGCAGGGCCGAGGGCCGUCACGGCGCCGAGCGGCAGCAGCGGCGGGCGAGAAGAUGCAGUCUGGUACGGACGGUGUUGAUGCGGCCGCAGGGCAGCCGCCGCUACCUCCCCCGCCACCACCAUGCGACCCUGGCGAGGCGGAAGCCAUUAACAACUGGAUCGACCGUUGUGUCUUGUGUACGGCAAUCGCCAAGGGGCCGGAUGGCUGGAACCUGCUGCGGGUAUUGGAGGCGGUGCAGGCGGAUGCGCGGACCCGAGGUGACAAACCCUGCGGGAAAGCGGCAUCAGCGGUCAUCUCGCGGCUUAAGCAGAUUGGCUGGGCGUAUUUCCGGUUGCACCCCAAGGGCCGCGGUGUGGUAUGCUGCGUGCCCGACGGCCUGCCCGCCUUUACGUUUGUGGAGGAGUACCUCGGGGAGCUGCACAGCCCCUGGCGCUGGUUCGAAACACAGGACGCCAUAAAGAAGCUGACCCAGCAGGAGCUGCCCGACUUCUACAACAUCACCUUGGAGCGGCCGCGCGACGACCCGGACGGAUACGAUGUGAUGUUUGUGGAGGCGGCGUUCAUGGCGUCUUUCGCGAGCCGCAUGAGCCACUCGUGCACACCCAACUGCGCGGCUGUGGUGGUCUCUGUUAACGGCCGCCUGACCAUCGCCAUGUAUGCAAAGCGGAAGAUUGAGCCAGGCGAGGAGCUGACGUUCGACUACAGCAGCGUUACGGAGAGCGAGAAGGAGUACAGGGAAGCCAUCUGCCUUUGCGGGAGCCGGAACUGCCGGGGCUCGUACCUGUACUACUCCGGCAGUACGGCGUUUACGCAGAUCAUGGAGCAGCGCCACAACUUCCUGCAUCGGCAGGUGAUGCUGCUGCGGGCCUCCAUGGAGGCCGUAACGGAGGACGACCGGGUCCGCCUGCGCAAGCACAGCCUGGGGCCGACUAGCUUGGGUGACGGAACGCCCGGGAACAACAAGGCGCCCGAGUGGCUGGUCAAGUGGGCCGCUCUGGUGCUGGAGUAUGUGGAGCUGGAGCGCCGGGAGCUGCCCGGCGUGCUGCUGCAGUUGCCGCCGCAGCUGGGGAAGUACACACCCGAGUCCGCGGAGAUUGAGGCGGAGGCCAUUGCGCAGAACCGCGUCCAGCAAAUCGUGAUUACGCUGGACAAGGUUAAGCACGUACUGCGCCAGCCGGGCCAGUUGCAGACACCGCCAAUGCGGAAGCUCACUGAGCCGGAGGAGUUGGCGCACCUCUGGUCUGGGGCCAACUCCAUCGCGAAGCGGGUGCUCAAGAGUGCCGCAGCUCACCUCAGCCCCAGCACGGCCAUAACAACCAAGUUGCUCGCCCUCUGGUCCACCGGUGGCGGCGGUGCCGCCGGUGCGGCACCAGCCACGCGUGGCGGCCGGUCUGGGGCAGCUAGCACGCCCAGCGACGAUGAGGGCGCAGCCGCGGCGCCGCAGCGCCGCGGGCGUGGUGGCGGCGGCGACAGUGAGGACAUGGCAGGUGUCCUGUCAGAGCGGCUGCGGGAGUUUGCAGACGGGCCGGAUGGGCAGAAAGCGCCACAGCUGGCGAAAGUUGCCCGGCUGGUUGCCAAGAAGGCCUCCACUGCAGCUGACGCGCGGCGUCUGCUUUUAGAGUUGGAGGCGACCUUCCGUGCCAUCGACUUGGAGGAGGGGGCGGGCCACCACACGGCUGCAGCUGACAUGUUGCACUUGUACGGCAGCACGCUGACUUGGUUCACGGCUGAACGGGGUUACAAGGGCUUCGCCUCCCCGCCUAUCGAGCUUCACGAGGAGAUGGCCAAGCUGCACCGGGUGAAGCUUGGAGUUGGGCGUGGUGGCAAGUCAGGCGGGGCAGGUGGCGCGUCCGCAGCGCGGAAGGCAAGAGCUGCUGCAACACCUGCAUCCCCGUCCGACCUGGAUACAUCCGAGGAAGAGGAAGACGGCUCUGACGGGGACGGCCGGGCACGAAAAGCGCGCGGUGGACGGGGCGGAAGGGGCGGCCGAGUGGGCCGGGGAGGAAGGGCUGGACGCGGGCAUGGCGGAAGGGGACCUGGCAGCAGCAAGGCACCUCCCGUGGCAGCGGCAGCAGCGACACCAAGGCGUGGUGAGGACCUAGUAAAGGAAGGUGAUGCUGAUGGGAUGGAUGGCAGCGGCGGGGCUGCGAACUCGUCUUCGCCGUCUUUUAUUGUCAAAGUCCACAAACCUCCCAGCAGCAGCUCUAUACGUGUGGAGGACCCCGCCGUCUUGUCGAAGCGGUACGGGCCGUGGUUCAUGUGGGGGCAGCUGUCUGGUUGGUUCAAGCAAACCGUCUACGACCCCACCGCAUCAUUGUCAGCCGAGCGACGGGGCACACUGUCCCUGCCGGACAUGGAGAGCUGCUACGGGGCGAGGUCGAGGUACACGAACAAGGACCGGACUGCUGUUCUGCGGCACCUGGAAAGCUCUCCCGACGCGCAGUGGAAGACAUCGCUUCAAUUCGCUUUCCGCAACGACGCUAAAAUCUACGGCAGCCCCAUGUUUGACCAGGUUUAUCUGGAGGCUGUUGGCGCCCCGCACCUCAACCCCAUGCCAGAAGUUCUCCGCCACCUCAAAACCGUCAAGACGCCAUUGCAGGGCAGGGCGGGGCGUUAAUCAAUGGGAAGGCCGGGAGUUGCAAUGAGGGGCUAGUCAUCCGCCAGGUGCUUGCAGUAGGCUUGGUGCUGCGAUCUAUCGUGAUUGUGUAGUCGGAAGGACUGGGGUAGUGCACUCGUCAGUCAUCUUGGUCGUGACUGGGCGUUAGCCUUGUUGUGCAGGCGCUUCAUGGCGAGGAGUCAGAUUACAUUUGGGAUGCCAAAAUGAGCAAAAUGCUCUAGUGGGAC